UUUGAAUUGGAUUAGUCCAAUCUGGUUUACAUUUUCCGAACAUGACACAUUCUUUGGCAGUAUUUCUGUUUGCUAAACAUUCAUUAUAAUACUGGUCACGACUUAUUCAUGAAUUCAUAUUUCACUGCCAUUUACAGGUGCAUAUAGUGUUCGACCUACAAGGAGGUACAAGACAAAUUGAUUCCAUAUAAUAACUUGGUGGUGAAGGAAAACCACCAAGAUGCGGCUUAUAUUUGCUGCCGCAGUGAUUGCCAUGACAAUGAUGGUUGCUAAUGCACAAUCUGCAACUGGAUCUCCACCUGAUGUUUGCAAAGACAUUACGGUGGACUGGUACAUUGCUAAAGAUGGCAGCACUACCUGCUUCUACCACUGUGCAAACCAGAUUGGUUAUGAGAAAUGUUGCCCCCCUGGGACAUGCCUGAAAAGGGGGUAUACAGCUGGAAAUACCAACCCAUGUGAUAUCUGCACUGACCCCGAUCCAACAGAACCCCCUGCAUGCUCCGAAAUGGAGCCCUAUCCCUGUCUCAAUGGUGGAUCAUGUAUAGACAAGACAGACCUCUUCAUGUCUCAAGAUGGGUUGAAGUUUUAUUGUAGCUGUCCAGGUGGAUUUUCAGGGGUAUACUGCGAGAUUAACUUGUCUGGAAGUGAGGAGAAACGUGGAAUGUGCCCUGAAGUUAAAAUGGAUACCAUAGGCACGUGUCAACAUGAAUGUGACUAUGACAACUCCUGUACAGGCAUGGAUAAAUGUUGCUCCAAUGGAUGUGGAAAGAUCUGCACGCCACCAAUGAGUGGUUGUGAGGUUGAUGGGAAGAUGUAUGCUAUUGGAGAUAUUAUUGAAAAGAAAGACCCAUGCAUGUCUUGUGAAUGUAUACUAAAUGAGGAUAAGUCUACUGGUAGAGAGCAGUGUGUGGCCAUGAGCUGUGCUUUACCAGAAUGUGAAAAUCCAACCUAUCAUGAAGAUAUGUGUUGCCCUGUAUGUGAUUCUAAGGGGGCAGGAGG